AUGGAUCAUUCCUCUGGAAACGACUCCAGGUUUUCUGUCAUAAAGAUCAUUGAGAACUGGACUCAGGUUCUGACGUAUGGAGGAGGGAAAUUCUUCAUUAUUCCUGCCGCUGUAUCCCUGGUAGCUGUGCUGCCAGCCAGCCCCUUGGUCCUUCUUGCUAUAUUUUCGAGUAACAGCCUUUAUCAAGAGACAAGUACUACAUAUUUCACCGGCAUUUUGAAUGUUACAGCUAUGGUGGUGGAUGUCUUUUUGGCUAUCAACUGGCCUCUGCGCUAUAGCUCUUUCCUGCCCACACCCAGAGCUGUCAAGCUAAUUGUUUGUAUUUGGGUGGUUUCAGCUACAUCUUCAGUAUUUAUUUAUGCAUUUUUAUCUGCCAAGGAGAUCAUGCUAUGUAAAAUUCCAGUCUGCAUUUUUGACAUUAUUUUCUUCAUUAAACCAGUCAACCAAAAAGUAAGCCAGUUGUAUAACUUUGUCGUCAUCAUCUUGUUUACCAUCUGUUUUGUCCUAAUCGUGGGCUGCUACUGCAUGAUGUACUGGAAGACCCGGCGCUGCGGCAUUUGGAAUGGAUUUUCCAGAGCCAGACAGACUUUCUCCCUCCACUCUGUUCUCUUCUUUUUCUACUUUUGCCCAGUGAUAAUACUGAUGCUGGAAACAGUUCUGUACUCCUAUUAUCUGAUGGAGCUCCAGUCAAUGGUUUACUCUUCGAUGAUCUUGUCCAACAUUGUUAUGAUGCUACCAAGGGCACUCAUUCCCUAUAUAUACGGCUUGAGGAGCAGGGAGUUAUCUAAAACCAUCAAAUCUAUGAUUAAAUAUAAGGUCCCGAUUAGCCCAGGAGAUUAG